AUGGCGUCUGGGUAUGUGGCUUGCAGCGGUGAGUGCCGCGACCCCACAGGGCCCAGCCCGCUGCACCUUGCGGUGCGGGCCUGCAAAAUCGACGCCGUGCGGAAGCUUCUGGGGGCGGGUGUGGAUUUGGAGGCCAAGGACGACUCCGGCAACACACCGCUCAUCGACGCCACGCUCGAGGGCUUCGUGCCGGCAGUGACAGAUUUGCUGAAGGCAAGGUCAGAUGUGAAUGCCGCGGACAACGGGGGCAUCACUGUGCUCAUCCACGCGUCCUGCGAUGGCAGGGUGGGGAUCGUGGCGCAGCUCCUCGCGGCACGCGCAGAUCUGAAUGCCCAGAUCCCGGGGGGCGGGACCGCGCUGUUCUUUGCCGCCCAAGAAAGCCAGAGCAGCGUGCUGGAGCAGCUGCUUGAAGCCCGGGCCGACGUGGAUGGCCCGGCCAUCGAUGAGUCCGGGGCCUCCCCGCUCUACAUGGCAGCCCAGAAUGGCCCCACCACGGCGGUGCAGUCGCUGCUGGCAGCUCGCGCUGAAGUCAACCACACGACGCCUGAUGGUGCCAGGCCGGUAUACAUCGCAUCCCAGCAUGGCGCCGUCGGCUCCCUCAAGUUGCUGCUGCAAGCCCGGGGGUGCUUCGAUUCGCCGAUGUGUGAUGGGUCCUCCUGCGUGGCUGUCGCAGCCAUGCACGGCCGCGAAGAUACCCUGGAGGUCUUGUUGGAGGCCCGUGCAAACGUGAACCUUGUGACGGACCACGGGGAAACGGCACUGCACUCGGCUGCGGCACAACCCACCCAUACCAGGAUUCUGAAACGUUUGCUGGCGGCACGUGCCGAACUGAUGGCGAGACCUUCGGAUGGUGUUACGCCUUUGCACCUCGCAGCGCUCGGGAACCAUGCCGAGGCGGUGCCGGAGCUGAUUGCAGCCCGUGCGGAGGUGGAUGCCACCUCCAACGGCGCGACCCCACUGCAUGUGGCGCUGAGCAACAGCCAUAUCGGCCCAACUCAGGAGCUGCUUCGCGCCCGAGCCUCUUUGACCGCGAAGACCUCCACCGGGCACAACGCCUUGGCCAUCGCGCAGGUGACCGGACACCUCGAGAUCCAGAGCCUCUUAAAGAGCUGGGACGCCAAAUGA